AUGGGUAUCCCGCGACUUUCUCAAGAUCUUCAUCCCUAUGCGGAUCGCGUUCCUGUGGGCAAAUUAUAUCCAUCGACGAGUGCGCUUAACCUUGAACACUUGGUAAUCGAUGGGCCGUCACUAGUAUACCUGGUUUAUAACAGAUUGCUCACUUAUAGAGCAUCGAGGAGCCCUGUACUGAAUGGUGGAUUGCCGCGGUAUUCGGAAAUCAACCAUGGACUCCAGUAUUUUCUGGCAGACCUGGAAGAUUGUGGCGCUCAAAUACAGCGGAUUUUCUUUGAUGGAGGCUUGCCGAUUUCGAAGAGACCAGUUAGACUUGAUCGAACGGAAAAGGUUCGCAGUCAGCUCGAGCUUUACCGCACAAUGCACCCUCUCGAUCCAAUGGUAAUAUCCGUUGGCGACGUCGACUUCGAAGAGGCCAUCUGGAUGACUCCAUCCAUAUCGAGCAGGAAGUCAGUCCCUCCGCCUCCGCCUUUCAUGGUUGCCAGUGCAAUUGAGUCAUUAUGUAGCAGCAAAUGGAGGAACCUUGUCAGCGUUGUCCCUGGGGAGGCUGAUUCAUUCUGCGCCCAAGCAAUGAGUGGAAUUUCAGGUGCGGUGCUUACGAAUGAUUCUGACCUUGCCGUACACGAUCUUGGAGAAAAUGGCUGUUUGGCAUUGCUUAGCUCGGUUGAGAAAAAGUCAUCCGCUCAAACUAAGACCGUGACCUCGCUGACGAUAAUGUCCCUACACCCACAGCAUGUUGCUCAACGAUUAGGUGUCCCAUCACUUCUUCGGUUCGGCUUCGAAAGGUAUCUCGACCCAAGCCUUUCGACAGCCAUUACCAGCCAACGAGCCAAAGAUAGCUCUAGGCUGGAAACCUUCAAGAGAGAAUACGAUAACUUCGCCGAGCAGUAUAUUUCUCCGCAGGCAGGGUCUGAUGCCAUGCCCAGUCUCACUGAUGUCGAUCCACGUACAGCUGAACUGAUCAUCUCAUGGUCCCACUCACCCACCGUUUACCUGACGCCGAUUCUGGAAGACCCAUCUCGUGAUUCCUCGUGGUCCUAUGGCACUCAUUACAGGACCUUAGCCUUUUCCAUAUUGGGGUGGUCGAUUCCAGGAUCACAUCCAAUCGGCAUUACAGAAUUUGCGCGGAAGGGCCCAAGAAUCGCUUCCACCACAGUUCCACAACUCAGUGAGAUACACAUUGGAGAACAUAUCAAGCAAACAAUCAAAGACCUUAGGCGGCUCUUCCCAAAUAACGCCACCGAGGUACCUACCAACGAUCACGGCAGCACACUUCUCCUCAACUGGUACAUCCUAGCCACCCAUAAGGUUCGGCAGCAGAAAUCCGAUGCUGGGAAACAACCUCCCACACUCUCUCUCAUCCAGAGUACACUGGGCCUCAUGAGGCAUCAGGCAAACAACAAAGCCAGAGCAACAUGGGAUGAAGUCCACUUCCUGGCAAAUAUGCACGCCGUGCUGUACUCGUUGCGCAUGUUAAAGCAGAUCGCGGACUAUGUACUACGCGGUCGAGAGCCAGAACACACCCAGCCAAACCAUGAAGAAAGUAAAAGCCAGAAUAACGGAGUAUCUACGGAAACACUCUUGCGAGAAUUGACGGUCAUGUUAAGCAAGAUGCCGGAUAUUGAGCAUCUCUUUCUCGACGUCGCUGAUCUACGUUCAAGAAUCCAAGAAUUAGAUAUUGAGGUCCGGAGCGCUGCCAUUGCCAGACUGGCAAACCUUGGGGAUGAGAGCGCAGACGGCAAUGAUGACCAUAGACUGGGCGCCGUCAAUACUUCUGCAGUGCCAAAGACAAACCAGAAGCUGGCGUCUGCCGCCGCCCACAUCACACGCGAGACAGAGAAACACUGGAUCACGGCUAAGCGGAAGCGAAAGAGGGCACGAAAUACCUCAAAUAAUAAUACCAACACAAAUAUCGGCGGCGUGAGGAACGCUGGUGGAAACAGUUUCGAUGUGUUGCGGAUGGCCUUGGCUGACUGA